AUGCGUACUUCAACCUCCCCCAACUUAUUCACCUCCCUCGCCAUCCUCCUGUCCACCCUUACCCUGGCCCACGCCAUCCCGUCCCCCGAGCUCCUCACGUCCACCGGCAAGCCACCUCACACCCUCCUUCCGCCCGGCGCCACAUUCAACGGCACCGACGUCAACGGCACCGACACCAACCCAGCGUCUACCCCUCGCAUGGCCUUAGCCGGUACCUUUGAAGCCAGUUGCAGCUUCAUCGACCCAUUCGGAAACGGCGAGCCUGCCAAUGUCGCGGCCAUCACUGAGGGGAUUGACUACCUGCGCACCUUAUCGGGAGCUCCAGUCAUCACACAGUGGUCGUGCCGCCAGGUGACCUGUAUCCAAGAAAGCGCGAUUUUCGUGUGCAACGAGGAGAUGGAUAUCUCACUGCAGUUCAGGAAUUAUGGAGAUAUCGCGACUGGCGCCCAGGCGGUACUGCAUUGGUGUGGCACGCGCGAGGGUACUGCCCCGGGGGAAGCGAUGACUGGGGAAGAGGGUCUGCAGUGGAGUGUGAUUGUUACUGGGGAGAAAUGCUGA